GGGGCCGGAGCCCGCCCUGCGCCCCGCGCUGCAGCCCCGCCACGCAGGGAGGAAGGCAGCCGGCAUCCAUCUCCCCGGCGCGGAGGACGCGCUGCGGCGACCACCGCACCGCGGAGCGCGCAUUUCCCGGCCCCCCUCCUCCCCUCCCCCUUCUGGGAGCUGGUCUCUAUCUGCCUGGCCCCAUAAGCUUUGUGUCGAUUUCUCCGCUCUCCAGCUGAGAUGGGGAUAGAAGCCCGGCCCCCCCACCCUCUUUCCCCUCCUCCCGGGGCUCGCCGCUGAGCGCCGCCCCCCUCCCUCCCUCCCUCCCUCCCUUUUUGCUCCUCUGCCUCCUCCACAGCCAGACCAGCUCCCUCCCACAUCAAGCGCCUGGAGACCCUUGGGAUCCGGCGCGCACUUCCCUGGACCAAAAAGCGCCCCGAACGACGGGUCCCAGCCGCUCGCUGGGGUGGCCAGAGCCGCGGUCCUCUGUUCCCCCGACGGCUGGGGGGAGGGGGGAGGAGGCCGCGCGCCCCCCUCCCCGGCACCGACUCCCCCUGGCGGCCGCUCCCAUGGGUGUCGCUGGGCCGCGCCAUGCCUAAGGGGGCGCCGCGAUGGGCCAAGGGGACGAGAGCGAGCGCAUCGUGAUCAACGUGGGCGGCACGCGCCACCAGACGUACCGCUCGACGCUGCGCACGCUGCCCGGCACGCGGCUCGCCUGGCUGGCGGAGCCCGACGCCCACAGCCACUUCGACUAUGACCCGCGGGCCGACGAGUUCUUCUUCGAUCGCCACCCGGGCGUCUUUGCGCACAUCCUGAACUACUACCGCACGGGCAAGCUGCACUGCCCGGCCGACGUGUGCGGGCCGCUGUACGAGGAGGAACUGGCCUUCUGGGGCAUCGACGAGACCGACGUGGAGCCGUGCUGCUGGAUGACCUACCGCCAGCACCGCGACGCCGAGGAGGCGCUCGACAGCUUUGGCGGGGCGCCCUUGGACAACAGUGCCGACGACGCGGACGCCGACGGCCCUGGCGACUCGGGCGACGGCGAGGACGAGCUGGAGAUGACCAAGCGCCUGGCGCUCAGCGACUCCCCGGACGGCCGGCCGGGCGGCUUCUGGCGCCGCUGGCAGCCACGCAUCUGGGCGCUCUUCGAGGAUCCCUACUCGUCUCGCUACGCGCGGUACGUGGCCUUUGCCUCUCUCUUCUUCAUCCUGGUCUCCAUCACCACCUUCUGCCUGGAGACCCACGAGCGCUUCAACCCCAUCGUAAACAAGACGGAGAUAGAGAAUGUUCGGAACGGCACGCAAGUGCGCUACUACCGGGAGGCGGAGACGGAGGCCUUCCUCACCUACAUCGAGGGCGUGUGCGUGGUGUGGUUCACCUUCGAGUUCCUCAUGCGCGUCGUCUUCUGCCCCAACAAGGUCGAGUUCAUCAAGAACUCGCUCAACAUCAUCGACUUCGUGGCCAUCCUGCCCUUCUACCUGGAGGUGGGGCUGAGCGGCCUCUCCUCCAAGGCCGCCAAGGACGUGCUGGGCUUCCUGCGCGUCGUGCGCUUCGUGCGCAUCCUGCGCAUCUUCAAGCUGACCCGCCACUUCGUGGGGCUGCGGGUGCUCGGCCACACGCUGCGCGCCAGCACCAACGAGUUCCUGCUGCUCAUCAUCUUCCUGGCCCUGGGCGUGCUCAUCUUCGCCACCAUGAUCUACUACGCCGAGAGGAUAGGCGCGCAGCCCAACGACCCGAGCGCCAGCGAGCACACGCACUUUAAGAACAUCCCCAUCGGCUUCUGGUGGGCCGUGGUCACCAUGACGACGCUGGGCUACGGGGACAUGUACCCGCAGACGUGGUCCGGCAUGCUGGUGGGGGCGCUGUGCGCGCUGGCGGGCGUGCUCACCAUCGCCAUGCCCGUGCCGGUCAUCGUGAACAAUUUCGGGAUGUACUACUCCUUAGCCAUGGCUAAGCAGAAACUACCAAAGAAAAAAAAGAAGCAUAUUCCGCGGCCGCCGCAGCUGGGAUCUCCCAAUUAUUGUAAAUCUGUCGUAAACUCUCCACACCACAGUACUCAGAGUGACACAUGCCCGCUGGCCCAGGAAGAGAUUUUAGAAAUUAACAGAGCAGGAACCUGUUGGAGUGACUCUGGCUUUCGCGGUGUCUGGCUGGGUUGAUGGUCGAGUGGGCGUGUCCGGUGACCUCCUGAUGGAAGCGGCUGGUGAGCAGCGGACCAGAGGGGAGCUAGGUGACAGCGCUCCAGACCGGCAGCCGCCCCUCCCCGCCACCGAGGCCCCUCCCCCACCCCGGCAGUAGGGACUGCAGCAGCAAUACAGGACAUCCCCACCGGUGUAGUCACCUUCCCGUGCACUCCCUGGGCGGCGGGCGCGCGACAAUACUAGUCUCCGUGGGAUAUAUUCUAAUAUUCCAUGGCUAGUGGUUCGUUAUGGGACUCUCUCAGUUUUAUGAGAACCUGCACAUAGCACAUAAAGUUGAUCAUGGGGCUCUGGUCCGAAGAUAAAAAAGCCCGUAGUCUACCUCUACCCAUGGAAUGCCAUCACCUUAUUCUGUGGACAUAGGCAACUCAGUGGGACGGAUGACCCGGAGAAGAAGGAUGGCACUGAGCUGAGAAGAGGCACAGGGGAGCGGGAGACUGACGUGAGAGACCCUGUAGCUCGGAGUCCGCCAAGGACGGCUCCGUGCCUGCCUGGGUCUGGCCCCCGGGGCUGCAAGCCAGUGCAGCUCCCAGUAUGGACUCUCCCCCACCCCUGCUAGAGCGGCCUCCCCCAGUGACCUCCCUCCCUGCUGAGGAACUCCCUCUGACCCGCCCCGCCCCGCCCCGCUGUGGCCAGUGCAGUGCCCUCGAAGCCCCUUCUCUGCCCUGGGGACUUUACAGCCCGUACACCCCGCUCCCUACUCUCCCCUUGCUGGGAUUGCUGAAGGCACCUGAGAAGAGUGUGGUUCAUGUGCUGAGCUGGGUGGCGGGCACCGCGGGGCAGUGUCUGGGGAGAGCCCUGGCCACCUCUGCGCUGGGGCUUAGCUAACAUUGACCUCAGGAGCCACCAUCAGGCCAAGGAAGGUUCCUGGGGCUCUGGGGCAGGUCUGGGCUGGCUCCACUGAGCUGCAGCAGGAAGAACGCGGCCUGGCAGGCGUCACUAUGGCUGUCCUUGACCCUUCCAACACGUCCUCCCCAACACUGGAGCUUUCAGUACUGGGGCCCCAAGCAUGGGUGCUCCAGGCUAGCGCAUCACGGCUCCCCAGUUCACUCCGGGCAGGCAGAUUCCUCUGUACUCCCAGGCAAGGGCAGUGUUUAUCCAUGUCCUGAGGAGGGACACACACGUGCACACAUACAACAGGAACGUGUUCCGACAUGCACAGCAGCCCGUCACGGGGACACCAGCAGCAGCAACCACACCAAGGCACUGCAUCGCCCCAGGUCCCACUGCUCCUUCCCCGCCUCGGCAGCCCCGUGCCCAGGGCCGCCCUGCCCCGGCUCCAGGUUUCAGGGACCCAGAGAGCACUGGCUUGAACGAUCUCCAGGACCGAGGAGCCUGGAUGUCCAGGGCCUCCUGCUCAGACACUCACUUCCCCUGGUGGCGUUGGUGCCGUCCUGAUGUCCACACCUGCCCCCUCCCCCCAGCUCUGAGACCCCCGGCUAGUCUGAGUCCCAUCCCUCACAGAGCACUCCUGCUUCCACCUGCUGGCCUGAGACUCUGAGGAUCCACCACCGAGAGGAGGUGUGGCCCACAGGGGUGUCCCCCGCCCCCACCUCCACACCGCUGGGUCCCUUCCCCUGCACUUCCUUUCUUCUUGUAGCUAUGCCCUUCCUGGGCAAGGGCUUGAGGGCGAGUUUGUGAGAGAGUGAGGGGAAGGCCUUUGCAAGGCUGGCAAACAUGAGGGUAGACCCCAGACCUACAGGAAAUGGGGGAGGUGAGAUGCAGCCCCCUCCCCUCAAGUGUCUUCUAGCCUCACUGCACACUGAGAACAGCCAAGCAGCCUUGCCCUCUGAGAUUCUCUGAUUUCACCUUUCCGACCUGGGUAGGGGUCAAGUGCAGCCAUCUGAGCCCUGAGGGCAUCCCAGCCCCACACCGCCCCAGGCCAGGCAGCAGGACUGAGGCAGGCCUCCUGGUCUCGCCAGCAGCACCUCCCUCUCAGCUCCAGCCUGGGUCACUCCUGAGGUCUCUGUGUGUGUCUGUCCCCAGGACGAUCCGCGGCUGCUCUGUCCUGUGUUUGAGAUCUUGUGUGUGAGUCGGGGGGGUGGGGGUUGAGGGUGUAAUUCUCACCUGGCACAGCCAGGGACUGCCUGGGGCUGCGGCCCUGGGGAAAGCAGGGAAAGCAAGCGGCUUGUUUCCUGAAGGGACCUCCUCCCCUACCUCUGCGGCCGCCCGGAGCUUCCCCUGUCCUGCCAUGUCCAUCCAUGUGUCUCGUCCAUCUCUGCUCCUGUGAUGUGGGUUGGUCCUUUGUGGUGCCGUGUUCAGGGCUGCAGGGGCUCAUCGUAGGUGAGCGGGAGGUGGCGGCCGAGUGGAGAUUGGGGGGCUGGCGGCCAGACUCCCUUCCUGCCCGUGGGCACGGUGGGGCAGCCAUAGAACAUCCCAUAGAAGCUGCUCCCCCAGGGAGCCACCACCGCGGUCUCAGCUUUGGGGGCGGGGUGGGGCGGUUCUCCCUGGCAGCAGCAGGGAAGUCGCAGGGGGCGGGGCUGUAGAGUUGCAGCGAGCGGAGCAGAGCAGCCGUGGUAUUGGCGGCUGGGACCCUGAGUGGGGUCCUCGCUGCCCCCAGGUGAGCUGAGGGGGAAGCAGCAGACUCAGAGGGCCAGGCAUGGGUGUUCUUUUCCGUGUUGUUCGCAUUCUCACUUUCUCUCUCUCUCCACUAAUCAUGUUUCUCUCUCCUCUCUCUCCCUCCUCGUUUUGUUGCGUGACUCGUGCCGGUUCUCGUGGUUGUGUCUCUCCCAGACUGUCCCCAUUUAACCCGGGACGUUUUUCUCUGAGUCCCCAGCUGGGCAGAUCUCUUGGGAUUUAACCCAAGGAAAUGCCCAUCCACCCCCCACCCCACCCCAGCCCUGCGUGCGCCCCGUGGCGCCCGCUGCUGGUGUGAACAGUAAGUACCUCGUCGGUGGUGCCUGGAGACGGGGGGGGCAGAGAAGCCAGCCCUGCUGGCUGAGGGCCUGGCCACGUGGGGUCUCCUUGCUCCAAAGUUUAAAAAAAAAUGACCCCCUCCUUUCGGACGCUCAUCUCAGCCAUUUCAGAGCCUGGAAACCAUCUCCGAGACGCUGCCCAUGCUGCCAUUUCACCAUCGCAGGCCUGUGGGGCUAGGGGAGGCCUGGGGGCCCUGGGCCAGGUGAGGCAGGGCCCCCAGGCUUCUGGAGAGCAGGUGGGAACCAAGGCGCCUAGCUGCCAUCUCAUCCGAAGGCCGGGCCAGGGCAAGAGGGUGCGGGGAUGGGUGAGUGUCUACCCCUGGCCCUUUGCACAGCUUCCUCGGAUGCAGACAGUUGGCCUUCUUUGGUUUGUCUCUCUUGCAGCUGCCCCUCUGGAUUCUGAGAGCUUCCCAUACCACAGAUAAACCAAGAGCCCGAGGAGGCCGGGCUUAUUCACAAAGCGAGACUUAAACACCCCCACCCAAUCACCGCCCCCUCCGCCAAGGUCAAGAGAAGAAGCAGGCUUGGGGAGUAUCCUGGGAAUGCCCCCCCAGGGAGGGUGGGGUGCCUGGCUCCCAUUCCCUCCCCACCCCCGACCAGUGGGAGAUCCCUGAUGGCUACUCCUUGCCUCCUGCCUCUGCAGGGAAUGCCUGUGCUAAACUUGGGGCCCUUUGAAGGUUGUGGGAGCCGGGAGCCCCCAGGAUAGGGAGGGCUGGUGGGCAGAGCCAGGGGGCGGCGACUCAGAGCCAGAGGAGGGACCUCAGGCUGCACCCUCUCUGGAGGCCGAGGCAGAGAGGGAGCACCCACCUUUGACCCUCCCCUGGGCAAGAACCACAGGCUGCAGAUUCCACACCCCUGAUGGGCGGUGGCCAGCAGAGAGACAGCAAGUGCUCACCCAUCUCCCAGCCGGCUGCCGCCUGGGAAAGCUCAUACAGGCACUGCAGGCCCCCCGCUUCCACACUCUCCCUCCCCAGGACCCUCCUCCUUCAGCCCAGAGAGCUCUGGGAAGGCAGACAGGGGCUGAACAGAGUGGGAGGCAGGACGGGCGUGUCUGGGAGCACACUUGUGUGCCCGCAGACACGCCCCUAGGUGCUAGGCAGCUCCAGAACCCCAGAGAGGCCCCAGUCCCAGUCCCAUGGUGUCCAAGUUACUGGCCUUUCUGGUGGAGAAUCAGUCGGGGAGCGAAGCCCCUGGGAUUUGUCAAGAAAUGCACUGUACAUGAAAUGCUUUGCCACCUUGUACGAGAGACUUUUUUUUUUAAGUUCCAAAAUUAUGAUGGGAUUUUUUUUUGGAUUUGCUUUAUGAAUAAACCUGAUUGGUCCAUU